AUGAGGUGGUAUAAGGGUUUCAAUCCGUGGACGGCCAAGGUGAAAUCCACGUUGGUGUGGGUGCAGUUACCGGAUUUACCAAUAGAGUUUUUCAAUAGAGAAGCAGCUAUGCGAAUUGGAGCUCUUAUUGGGAAACCUAUCCGAGUGGACAAAGCAACGGAAGAGGGAGCAAGAGGCAAUUAUGCUCGAGUAUGUGUAGAGGUGGAUCUCUCAAAACCUUUGCUAGCAAAAUAUAAGGUCGAAGGAAUUAAAUAUCGCAUCCAGUAUGAGGGGUUGGAUAAGAUAUGUACUGAGUGCGGAAGGUAUGGGAGAUCAACUGAUCAGUGUGAUUGUAAGGAACCUAUAGUACCAGAAACAGUGGUUGAGACGGUGGAGGUGGUUCCGGAGACGCAGGUGGAAGAGACAAGGCCAGAACCAGCUUAUGGGGAUUGGAUGAUGGUAAAAAAGAAGGAGAGACGUCCUGCUUACAGGGCCUAUGAGGCAGGAUAUAAGGGAGGGAAUUAUGCAAGAGCCUCCGCGGCUGAACGGAACAGAUUCCAAGUGCUUAAUGAGAACAUGGCAGAUGACCGUGACCCAUUGACAAGAAAUGAGGAUAAAUUCGGGACAUCAAAGGACAAGGGCCAGGAACAGAAAGAACAACAAAGGGCGAAUCAAAGAGGAAAGAUAGGGGAAGGGAGUGGCGAAAAAGCGAAUAGGGGACAACAGAAGGAGAAGGAAGAGGCACGAACUCAGGUGCAGGAGAAACAAAAGGCGCCGAGUGCUGAAGCGAAGGGGACAAAAGGGAAGGCAGUGGUAGGGAAGGGACAGCCGAAAGAGAACUCAAAAAAAGGGAUUCAAAUAGGAGCAGGAUACAAUGAACGAGGGGGUAAGGGAGGAGGGGGACAAGGAGCAGGAGUGCAGAAAGCUGAUGGUGCGGGGAACCUAUCCCCUCUGAGGAAUAAAUGA